AUGAUAAUCCCUCCCAAGCAAGUAGAGGAGAUCAUGGAAUUAACUACUUUUAUCUCUUGUUGGGUGCCCACUUUUUACCGCUACACAGAUGCUGACCGUUCAGCUAUCCUGAGAAGUAUAAAUUUGUUUGCGCACAAUUUCCCCAGCCUUCUCGCAGAGGAGCUCAGCGUUUUCACCUGGAAAAGGAAGCUACAUGACUCAGAAUUCCUAGUGUCGGUGGCUCAGGGAAAUGGAGUUUCCGUUUGGGCACAAAGGGUCGGGGCGGGACCUCCUGACUCCGCCUCCAGGCGGCCAUUUAAACUGCCCCAAGCUUGUGCCAGGUCCAGAACGCUAGGUUGGGACGGAGGUGACGCGAUUGAGGAGGUCCGGGAGGAGGUGCUGUCUCGGCUGCACAGAGGCGGGCCGAGGUUCAGCGCCUCCCGGGGUGCCCCGCGCCAGGCCCAGGAGCAGGACCGCGGCGCGGGCAUCCCCUGCCUCUCCAGCACUCCGGCCCCCCUGCACCUAGAAGUCCGAUGGCGGCGGCAGCGUGAGGGACCCGCCUCAGGUAAGCGCUCGUCCUCCGAGCCCGCACCGCCCUCAGCCCACCAGACACUAAAGCCCCGAGCGCCAGACGCCUGUUUCUGCUCCCACAGUCCAGGUUUCCGAGUCCAGGACGGUAAGGCAGUCAAGGCCAACCUCUAUGAGAUGUGUGGCCUGAUCUCGAGUGACAUUUUUCAUUUGGCUGAGUACCAGGAAACACAAUGUGGGCAGAAACUCCGCCAAAAUUCCCAUUUCAUUAGACAUCAGAGCAUUCACACUGGAGAAAGGCCUUAUGAGUGCAACAAAUGUGGCAAAUCUUUUAGCCAAAGCUCAAACCUCAUUCAGCAUCGGAGAGUUCACACUGGAGAAAGGCCUUAUGAGUGCAGUGAAUGUGGGAAAGCCUUUAUCCAAAGAUCACAUCUCAUUCAGCACCAGAGAGUUCACACUGGAGAAAGGUCUUAUGAGUGUAAAAAUGUGGGAAAUCUUUUAGCAAAAGCUACAGCCUCAUUCACCAUCAGAGUGUUCAUACUGGGAAAAGGCCUUAUGAAUGUCGUGAAUGUGGGAAAUCAUUUUCCCAAAACUCUGUGCUCCUUCAACAUCAGAGGGUUCACACUGGAGAAAGUCCUUAUGAGUGCAGCGAAUGUAGGAAGUCUUUUCAGCAAAGCUUUGCACUUCUUCAGCAUCGGAGAGUUCAUAGUGGAGAAAGGCCUUAUGAAUGUGGUGAAUGUGGGAAAUCCUUUAGAUAUCUCCAACCUCAUGACACACCAGAGAUUUCACGCAGGAGAAAUGGCUUAUGACUGCAGUGAAUGUGGGAAGUCCUUUAAGAAAAGCUCCUCACUCCAUCAGCAUUGGAGAGUUCACACUGGAAAAAGACCUUAUGAGUGCAGUGAAUGUGGGGAAUCAUUUCACCAAAAUGUUGUCCUCCUUCAACAUCAGAGAGUUCACACUGGAGAAAGGCCUUACAAGUGCAAUCAGUGUGAGAAAUCCUUUAGAUGUAUGUCCAACCUCACUACUCAUCGGAGAGUGCAUACUGGAGAAAGGCCUUAUAAAUGCAGUGAAUGUGAGAAAUCGUUUAGCCAAAGCUCUAACCUCAUCACACAUCGGAGAAUUCACACUGGGAAAAGGCCUUACAAUUUGGGGAAUCUGCUGAGUUCUUUACCUACAACUCCACUCGCUUAAAACACUGGAUCAAGGCCUUAUGAAUGCAAUGAAAGUGAUAAGGCCAUUAACCCAAAGUCUUGACUCUUUGGAGCCACAGAUUUCAGAAGGAAAAAACACCUUACAUGUGUAGGAUUGUAUAGUUUCCUUUUUCAGUGGAUCUACACUCAAGAUCCCUCCUGGUGGUACUAUCUGAAUCGAACAUCAUACAUCCAAACAUCUGCAAACAUCCCAGGUGUGUGGGAGCUAUAUUGUACUUUUUAACCUGGCCUCUUGCCAGACUUCUGUUGCUGACAGUUUCUGUAGCCAAAGCCAUUUCAUUUCUCCCACCUGGCAGGUAUUCACAGUGUACAGCAUUCAGCCACCCCAGGGUGUUCAGGGAAGGAACCUUGAUUUUUCCCAUUCAUGGGAGGGAUUGUGAGAACCCUGAGAAGCACUCAUUUCCUUCUUGUUGCUUUGAUGAGUUAAGUCACUGGCAUGACCCAUUUUGGGCCCAGAGGACUCUGCUUGUUGCCCAAGGCUUCCAAGGAAAGACUGCAGAGCUUUCUGGUUCUAAUCGGUGGCCUGAAUAUGUAUUUUCUGGGUUCAGAGGUCAAUCUAAGGAAGGAGUAGUCACUGUGGCAACCUUCAGUGCUUCUGAAAAUGGCAUGAAGUUGUCUUGUUCACAGGGGAUAUUGCCUUGUGUGUGCGCACUGGUGAGGAACAUACUCUCAGGCCCUGCAGUGGAGACAUGUGCUCUCACAUGCAGAAUUCUGUAGGUAGUAUCACUGGUUGUAAGAUGAUAGUGGGGAUGGUAAUUGUUACAGAAAGCACUAAAUUAAUAGUGGGAGCAGGACACUAUUACAGACUGGUUGGAUGUGCCCAUUUAAAAGAGCCUUCACGGUAUCCCAGGCAUUGUGGCUGUGAAGGAUGAAUAUGUACAGAAAUUCUCAGGCCUCCUAAAGUGUGCAUCUUGUAUUAGCAGAGAGCAUUACAGGAGAAAAUAAUCUGAAAGUUUUGUGGUUUCUGUAAUCUUUCUGAGCUAUCCUCCUCAAGGCCAUUUCUGUCCAGAUAGAAAAAUGAGGAUAGAGAGAAGGGAUAUCUUUCAGUGAGUAACAGACAUUGUGACAAUAUUCCUGUUGAGUCACGCUGGGAACAGUCUUCGUUGCUUAUAUUUUUGACCACUGAGGCCAACUGCCCCUCCCAAAGCAUGAGGCAGAAAGUGGUGAAGUCAAUAUCGGGGAUUUUAUUUAAACAGUAAGAAAUCCAGAUUUGUAUUUUGAAUAUAUUUUUAAGUUUUAAUAACCUAAAAAUACUUGCAGUAAAAUGCACAUAGUUAAAAUACACACUUUGAUAAGUUUUGACAAUUAUAUAAAUCCAUGAAACCAUCAUCAUAUCCAUAAAAAACCAAUCUACUUUCAUUUUUACCUUGUUUCCUUUUUUGAUGUUACUCUGACCUCUAGUCAACCAUUGAUUUGUUUUUCUUUAGAUAAGUUUUAAUUGUCUAAAAUUUUAUAUGAUUAGAAUCAUGAAGUGUUUAUGCUUUUCCUCUCAGGUACCCUUAUGUGAAAUAUUUAUCAGUGAGUAGUUUGUUUUUUUAUAUCGAUGAGAAAUAUAUUCUGUGGAUAUACUAUUUGUCCAUUCAUCUGUUUAUCCACAUUUGAGUUCCCAGUUUUUGACUGUUACAAGUAAAACUGCUGCAGACAUUUGAAUACAGUAAAAGUUCUUCACAUGGUUAUGUUUCACUUUUCCUGUAUUUUCCUAUACUUCGGGCUGCAAUGCCUGAGUUACAGGCUUAGUGAAUGUAUGACUUUUUAAAGAACAUUAUACUAUGUUAAGAUAGGAGAGGUUACACAAGAAAAAGAUGAAAACCCAGCAGUCUUCCUGAGCUAGGUGAUGAGAGGCAUUAAGGAAUUAUAUCUGUACAGACCCUGAGUCCACAGAGGGGAGAACACUAUUUGCCAUGCAUUUUAUCAUGCAGGCUACUCCUGAUAUCUGUAGAAAAUUAAAAAAGCUUGAGCUGGGCCCCAAACCCUAUCAUCAACCUUGGUAAAGGAGGCCUUCAAGGUCUGUAACUAUCAAGACUUGAUGGAGGAGGCCAAUAAGGAUAAGAGACUAAUAAAGAAAAUGCAGCUCUUGGCUGUUUUGAUUCAGCCACAACCUCGAGGGGACCUUGAAGGACUGAGAAGGCUGGGCAGACCCCCAAGAUGCCACUUGGGCCUUAACCAAUGUGCUUUUGUCAGAAAGGGGGACACUGGAAGGGGGGAUGUCUUGAGAGCCCUCCUGGGGGACACCCAAGGGGUAACCCCGACCAACCCCAGUUCUUUGUGAAUAAGUUGGAUGAGAGAGCCCACACUCUGACUGAUGAGUCCUGAGUGCCUGCCUGGAUAUAGAUCCCUCUUGAUCCAUUUUCAUUACCCCAGCAGAGCCUUGGGUCACCCUUGAUGUAGCAGGUAAAACUGAAUUCCUUGUAGACACUGGAGCUGCCUGCUCUGCUCUGACUUGGCCAGCUGGCCCUCUCUCCAUCUGUGGACUGUACUGUGACUGGAGUUGGUGGACAGCCAAAUAGAGGGUGAUUUAAUCUCUCUGUG